GUUUCCGAAAAACCCGAUCAAAAAAGCCUCAACUCUCGGACAAACGACAAGUCAUCCACUAAACUACUCUUACGACUCAAUAACACACGCUCAGUACGCUUUCCUGACAAUCAUGGCUGGGGGAGGACUGCUUGACUCGAUUCUGGGGUCGAUGCACAAGAAACCAGCUGCAGCAGCGCAGCCACGACCAGCAGCAGCCGCAGCAGCAGCAGCAGCAGCAGCAGCAACAACCACCGGUCCUUCAGCGGACAGCUCAAUAGCAGGCAGCCCGACGACGAGCAAGUACGCCAUCAAUCCGGCGCUGCUGCCGCGGGGCCGGGCGUUGGGGACUGCCGCGCCAAGCACCGCCGCUGCUGGAGCACGAAACGCCUCGGGACAGCUCACACACUCGACACACGCCGCGUCUGCGUCGGCUGCAGCACAACAGACUGCAGCAUCGAGUGCGGCGGCAACAGCAGCGGCGGCCGCAUCUCAGGCGUCUGCUGCUGCAGCGCUCGCUCAACGCAAGGCAGCUGAAGCCGCAGCAGCACGCGCAGCCAGCGACAUGGCAGAGCGAUUCAGAUUAGAAAAAGAAGCGCUCGUUAAGAAGGAAAAGGAGCAGCGGCAGGCGUUCCGGGACAAGAUGCACGCAGACAUGCUCAAAUUCAUUGGCGACAGUGCUGCAAUGUCGUUGGAUUUACCGCCGAUGGACAACCUGCAGCGUGCCAUCGUGCAUUCUGUCGCUGAUGAGCUCAAGCUCAUCACGCAUGCGUUUGGCGAAGAUGGCGUGGAUCGCCACAUCAAACUCUUCAAGGCCGAGGCUGCGCCCAGCGCCGAGGAUUUGGAGCGAUUGAAAGAUCCCGAGGCGUUCCAGAAACGACUCGAGGCGUUGGCCAAAGUGGAAGAAGACUCAAAGAUUCCAAGGCAACGCAAAAAGCGACAAGCAGAGGUUCUCGACGCAGACCUCAUCCAUCAGGUGGAAGUGCGAAAGCGCGACUUGCGCUCAAUCGAAGAGCUUCAGGAUGUUGUUCGCUCCCAGCGCAGCAAGCGCAUCCGAAUGGAUGGCGAGAACGAUGACGUCGAGAGUGACGAAGAAAGUGCUGGUGAGGAUGCCGGGUCUGCCACAUUUUAGAAACAGAUUUACAAUUCAACGUUCAUCUUCAUCAAAACACGGAUUCAUUAAAACAUGUAUUCAUCAAAACAUAUAUUCCUCAA